CAUAAGACUGAGAGCUACGGCCACGGCAGGGAUACGCGGAGCCGGGACUUGGAAACUUGAUUAUUGUGAUUCUUCUUGUUGAGGGCUGUGAAAUUUGCUUUAUUUUUUUUCCGGAGAGAAAGUUUUUGGAAGGAUUCUUCUAGAUACUUCUUCAUUUUACUUUGGAGGAAGCGACUUUUUCGUCCUCUUUAUUACUCCCCUCCCCCCGUGGGACCCGCCGGACGCGUGAAGACCGCACUGAAGCAGAUUCUAUAUAACGGGACAGUGCUUUCUGUUCCUGGGGGAGCGAUCCCCCCUCGCCCCCGAGUCCUAAGGAGCCUGGACUUUCAGGAGGCACAGCGGCAUCCUCUGGGGGCCUGGGCACCGCCGAAGGACUACACUGAAACUUUGCCAUUGUUGGAGCGGGACGCUGUCCCCUCCCAGAGCUUCCCCGGACAGCGCACUUUGGGGACUCACUCAUCUCACUCCGGACUCGCACCUUACUUCCCCCACCCGGCCAUAGCCUUGGCUUCCCGGCGACCUCAGCGUGGUCACAGGGCCCCCCCUGUGCCCAGGGAAAUGUUUCAGGCUUUCCCCGGAGACUACGACUCCGGCUCCCGGUGCAGCUCCUCACCUUCUGCCGAGUCUCAGUAUCUAUCUUCGGUGGACUCCUUCGGCAGUCCACCCACCGCCGCCGCCUCCCAGGAGUGCGCCGGUCUCGGGGAAAUGCCCGGUUCCUUCGUGCCCACGGUCACCGCGAUCACAACCAGCCAGGACCUCCAGUGGCUUGUGCAACCCACCCUCAUCUCUUCCAUGGCCCAGUCCCAGGGGCAGCCACUGGCCUCCCAGCCCCCAGUUGUCGACCCUUACGACAUGCCAGGAACCAGCUACUCCACACCAGGCAUGAGUGGCUACAGCAGUGGCGGAGCUAGUGGCAGUGGCGGGCCUUCCACCAGUGGAACCACCAGUGGACCUGGGCCUGCCCGCCCGGCGCGAGCCCGGCCUAGAAGACCCCGAGAGGAGACGCUUACCCCGGAGGAAGAGGAGAAGCGAAGGGUUCGCCGGGAACGGAACAAGCUGGCGGCAGCUAAGUGUAGGAACCGUCGAAGGGAGCUGACAGACCGACUCCAGGCGGAGACAGAUCAGCUGGAGGAAGAAAAGGCAGAGCUGGAGUCGGAGAUCGCCGAGCUCCAAAAGGAGAAGGAGCGUCUGGAGUUUGUGCUGGUGGCCCACAAACCGGGCUGCAAGAUCCCCUACGAAGAGGGGCCUGGGCCCGGCCCGCUGGCGGAGGUGAGAGAAUUGCCGGGGUCAGCAUCCGCUAAGGAAGAUGGUUUCAGCUGGCUGCUGCCGCCCCCGCCACCACCGCCCCUGCCCUUCCAGACCAGCCAAGACGCAGCCCCCAACCUGACAGCUUCUCUCUUUACACACAGUGAAGUUCAAGUCCUCGGCGACCCCUUCCCCGUUGUUAACCCUUCGUACACUUCCUCGUUUGUCCUCACCUGCCCGGAGGUCUCCGCGUUCGCCAGCGCCCAACGCCCCAGCGGUAGUGACCAGCCUUCCGACCCCCUGAACUCGCCCUCCCUUCUUGCUCUGUGAACUCUUUAGAAACACAAAACAAACAAACACACAAGGGAGAGAGAUUUGGAAGAGGAGGAGGAGGAGAGAGAGGGGAAGAGACAAAGUGGGUGUGUGGCCUCCCUGGCUCUUCUGUGUGACUCUGCCGCCGCCGCCGUGCCACUGCCAUCGGACAGGAGGACUCCUUGCGUUUUGUGCUGCCUCUUGUUUCUGUGCCCCGGCAAGGCCGGAGAGCUGGUGACUUUGGGGACAAGGGGUGGGAAGGGGAUGGGCACGCCCAGCUAGCUGCCUGUUGACCCUCUCACCUCAACCCAGCCUCUGGGGAAGGGUGGG